AUGCUGAUGGUUGGUUGCACUCUGUGCGCGCGCCGUCAAAAGGAACCAGAAAGUGGAGGGGAAACGAAAAAGAGGAGGGGAGCAAGUGGGCUGGGCUGGCAGCCGAUAGAAACAGAACAGACACAAGAGACAGCAGAUAGGGAGAGGAGGGAGGAGGAAGAUUACCGAUGGGAGGAAAGAAACAAAAAGAAUCACAACAAGACCCGAACUAGAGGUAAGGUACAGCCUGAUCGGACUGUAUUAUCAGGAGUCAAAAGCGCUAUUGCGGGAAUGAAUAAUACGGUGGGCCAGCCCUUGAUGAGACAAACCGAGGGGAACAACGAUGCUUCAGCCCUUCUUCCUCAACUGACAGGCCCCGAUCCGAUGUUCAUCCAGAGCGGUCAAUUCAUUGGACACCGGCACGGUGGGCUGCAGCAGUCAUACAGAAGGAGGCACCUAAUGAACGGAAAGAACAAUAAAGGGAGCCACCGACUGCAAAAAAAACAAUGA